AUAACAAUCUCGAAGUAAACAACAAGUGAAACCGGCUCGAAAUGAAUGCUCUUGGAAGAUGCUGCAAAUAUCGUCUGCAAGCAUUUCUCUGCACCAAUGCUACGUUCAAAGGUACGGCCCGUGUGAUUACGCGAUCCCAGUGCUAUAAAGCUGUUAAUAGACGUGCAGUGACCGAACUUAAAAACUUACGCCGUGACCCUCCGAAAGAGUCUUCCGUUGCUGCCGGCGACCGAAGAACAUUGGCACAGGCAUUGCACGCACGGAUACGUGCUACUGGUCCAAUAACGGUGGCCACUUAUAUGCGAGAAGUUCUUCUGAAUCCUGCGGCAGGAUACUACAGCACCAAGGAGAAUGUUUUUGGAACGGCUGGUGAUUUCGUUACUGCACCGGAGAUUGGACAGAUUUUCGGCGAGCUCGUUGCCGUAUGGUGUAUAAAUGAGUUACAAAAGUUCAACUACGACGGGCAAAUUCAGCUAAUUGAGCUUGGUCCAGGCAAGGGCACACUUAUGCACGAUGUGUUACGCGUAUUCCAACGGUUCGGUUUAUCGAAGGAACGGCUCAGUGUGCAUUUGGUGGAAAUGAGUUCCAAUUUACAGCGCAUUCAGGCCGAGCGUCUUUGCAGUCGUGGAUCGGUCCAACGCACACCAUCGGAUACUGCUGAACCUCACGUACAGGAAGGCACAACCAGUUCCGGUAUUAAUCUCCGAUGGUACACCGAUGUCGUCGAGAUACCGAAAGGAUUUUCCAUCAUACUUGCAAACGAAUUCUUCGAUGCUCUUCCAGUGCACGUGUUCUGUAAAGAACCCAAGGAGGAAGGCGCAUUGUGGAAGGAAAUUCUUGUAGAUAUUAAUGCGGACCAAAAGGAGCCAAGUUUUCGGUUUAUCCAAUCGAAUAAGGCAACUCCAUACUCGGUAGUGUUCGGAAAGCGAUUCGAAAGCAAAGAGCAGCUUUUAAAAGAUCGGAAUCGCAUUGAAGUAUCGUUUGAAACGGAACAAAUAGCACAAAUGAUAGCGAAACGCAUCGAUGAAAAUGGUGGAUUUGGGCUUAUAAUUGACUACGGUCAUGAAGGUGACAAAAUGGAUACGUUGAGGUCAUUUAAAAGCCACAAAUUGCACGAUCCACUGCAAAACCCGGGAAGUGCCGAUUUGACGGUUGAUGUCGAUUUCGGUUUCUUGAAACACUUUCUCGAACAGGACGAAAAGGCAGUAACGAUCGGACCCGUUAGCCAAGGAUUCUUUCUGGAAGCGAUGGAAGGUUCCGCACGGUUAAAGAGUUUACUCAGUUCAACCGCUGAUGAGAACUAUCGGAAAAUAUUAACCCAAGGUUAUGAUGAGCUAACGAAUCCCGCUAAAAUGGGAGAACGGUUUAAGCUGCUUUCGGUGUUUCCGUCAUCGCUAAGGCAGUUUCUUUUGGCCUCGAACAAGGUGGCAGGAUUCGAAAGGAAAACAUAAACCAACCUUUUAUUUAUUCUGCUAUCCUAGCCAUACAGCCUUUUCAUCGGAUGGUAAAAAAAUAGAAAAUAAAAAGAAGUAAUAAAUCGGAAUCAUAAAGAUCA